AUGCCUUUCCACACGAGGAAAUACCAAAUCAUUAUUGGCAGGUUCAUUUGCCAGCCUCCUCAGAUCGGUGAAGGUCGAUUCACAUUGGAGCUUCAGCUUCAGAAAAUAGAUGGCACGUCUAUGGAUGAAGUCAACCUCACGUCACGGACUUCAAGCCCUACCCCUUUCGACGGCCUAAACGGUCUGACUUCUGUAUCCGGUCUCGACUCGAAGGUAAUGGAUAACGGCGGGCUAAGAUUCGACUUCGAGAGACUGCAUAUCCCGGAUAGCAUCACGACGGGGUCAUUUCAAAUCCAUGCUGAGCUUUCACGGGCAAAACAUAACCCCCUGCGAGGCUCUGAGUACCAGUUGGUUGCUGAAGCGGAUAGCGAGUCCUUCACUCGAGGUGAUAUGACAAAACACAAGCUUCCAGUCGGCUGGGAAGAGUUUGCAGGCUGUGAGGGACUCAGGUAG